GUUUCGAGACUUCGGUUUCGCGGCCCAAACGACAUGAACCGCGUGGCGCCACCGUCCAGUGCGCUUGUGCACCAAGGUCUGAAGCUGCAGCCGCGCUCGUGUUGGCGCCCUGGCAUACUGCUCGCGGUGCUGUACCUUGUGUUUGCCUUGAUCGUUGCGGCGACGACCUACUUGCUCUCUGGCAUCGCCAACACGCCCGUCUACCUCGGGCUCGUCCAAGAAGGCUUCACCUCCAAUCUCUACAACGUGCCCAUCAACAUCCUCCUCGAAGGCAGAAGCAGUGUCACGGCCACAUCGACCCGCGCCUCGCUCAGCGACCUCCUCUACAAGGCAUGUCGCGACCGGUCGUGCGCGAAUGAAUUCACAGCCGCAUCCAACGAGCUAUGGGCGACAGUCGGAGCGGCACUGGCUCUGAUUCCCGACUUUGACCAGCCGCGGUUUCAGGACCCCCACGAGACUGUCAAAUUCCAGCACAUCAACAACCUCAGCGGCUGGAACAAAGCGACGGCCCAGUUUUACAUAUCGGGUCAUGACAUGGCGAUCACGUGCAUGGUGCGCCGCGCGAGUUUUGUCUCCGCAGCCCAUACACAGCCGAUCGUUGACUCGCUCGCCUUUUGCUCGCAGCGGCCGUACGACCCGCAGUGGGUUUGCGAGACCGACGUCGAAGCGAGCGUCCACACGUACGCGAUCCAAGUUCGGAACGGCGUCGCCGCCUACAUUGGCGUCACGCCGCGGAACCAAGUCUACUUCAACCCAAACCACGUCGCCAUCUUUCGCGGCAGCUCGCUCGGCGACGUCGCGCUCAGCACCAUACCGUCCAUCAACGAGUACCACCGCGGGUUCGUCCAAGCCAGUGCCGCGUGGGACGUGCUUGUCGCAGCGCGUUGCACCAACCUCGACCGCACCACGAAGCUUGGAUGGCUACUGCAGUGCCAGGGCUACGUCACGAUGACGUGGAAGUGCAACUCGCUCAUGCCGUCCAACGCCGCCGUCUUGCUCGUCAUGGUACUCUACCUCGUACUGGUCCAAAGUGUGUUUUUGCGCCACAGCCACAUUUGCUGCGUGCCCGUCGACAUGUCGAAAAAUGUGAUUGGCGUCGCGAUCCUCCUUGUCGCGUUUGCCGGCAACGAAAACCUCCAGGCGCUCACGACCUACCUGCACCAAAACCCGAGCUACGGGAAUGUGUACUACUACGCGUUCUGCGGGCCGGCGCAACUGGCAUCGAUCGUCGGGAUCAUGACGGGGACGCUCGUCCAGAUGUGGUUCAACCCGCGACUGGUCACGCAGACGUGGCUGCUACUGGUGACCAGUGCCGUCAACUGGAUUCUGGUCUUUGUGCUGGAAGCCUACCUGUUUCCGAGCCAAAGCACCAACGUGCCAAGUCCGUGCGCGCUGCCGACGACGUCCAACUGCGUUGUGUUCAGCGCCGUUCUGAAAAUGCAUUUUGUCUCGGCCGGCGUCGCCAUCACUGUCGUCGCGCUUGCCAUCGCAGCCGUGUACGUGCACUCGGCCUCCCGCUCGUCGCCACCACCCACGUCCGUGCUAUCGUACUUCAACGCGGAUCGGUACGAGCAGUUUCUCACGUCAUCGGCGGCUUGCGUCAACGGCAGUGGCGCCGACAAUGGCGUCCUCCUCAUCAAGAGCAUGCUGCGCAUCGCGACAGGCGACAUGACGCGCAUGGCCAACGCGCCGUACGUGCUUUUUCACAUGGUACUGCCGAUGAGGCGGCUCCAGCGCCUCUACAGUGACACGGUGGGCUCGCUCCAUGUCGUGCAUUUGAAAGAAAACGUCAUCAGCCGCGCCAGCGGCUACAAGACACUCGACACGAUCGAGGCGUCGAGCGACACGCCGACAUGGUGUCGCUAAACAGAAAUACACGCGGAUGUCUUGAAGAA